GAAACUUUACCUUUCUCUCUGUUACAUCCUUCUCUCUCCAUGGACUCUACGAUAAUAUCUCUCCGGUCUCUCAAUUGCAAUAAAGUCUAGGGUUUUACUAGUUCCGUCGAGAAUUAAGGUACUCAAACCUUGAACCUCCGUCGUUUUGCUUUAAUUCCGACCUCCCUUCUUUAUCAAUAACUUGAUCAUCUUCUUCGGCAGCAUCUAGGGUUCUUCCUCCAAAUUUUUUUGCCGCUCAAUGUCAUGCUAGCUGCUUUAUCAGAUUCUCUUUUUCUGAGUUCUUGCUUUUGAGCUGGAAAUGUCAAAUGAAGAAGUUUUAAAGGCUGUUUUCCCUUUAUUGGAAGGCGUGGAGCUCGCUUCAUGCAUGGCAGUGUGUAAGCAGUGGAGGGAUGUAGCCUUGGACGAUUACUUUUGGAAAUGUCUGUGUGCCAAGAGGUGGCCGUCAAUCUGUAAGAAACCUAAGCCUCCCACAGUGACCUACUACAAGCUGUAUCAAACUUUUUAUAAGCGCCAGCAGAGUCGAAUCCUUCCCCCUCCAAGGAUUUCCUUUGAUGAUUUGGACUUUUAUAUAGACAUUUGGACUGAAGAUCGAUUGCUCUUCUCUGAAGUGGUUCCAGGCCCUAUCCUACAGGCUGGUUUUAAGAUCCCACCAUCAGGAAUUUGCGACAAGCUUAGAUUUCAUAUUGAUGGCCCCGAGUACAAGAUGACUCUACCCAUUGAGCCGAGAUUCACUGUUCCAGUCAGCCAGACUGUGAGCGUUUCUGUGCUUGUUGAGCGCAAGGAUUCCAAUAUGGUUGCUUGUGUAAUCAAUAAAUCUGUAUUUGAUUAUGUUGAUCGGUCAGCAUAUAGGGCCAUGGCAUUUGACUUCCUUGACUUCUCACCUGUCUACCCUUUUGUUUCCGGCAUCCGGGCAUGGAUUUCUUUGCUUUUCAUGGACGACGGAAGCGAAGGUGUUUUUGAUGUUUUUGGGAUUCAAAUGGAUUUCUGUGAUGCUGCGAACUCCAAGGAAGAGGUUUUGUGGCUAUUGGACAUGCUUGAUUGGAAGUAAAGAACUGAAUUGUAUAGACCAUGAAGAGAAGGGAAGAGUCACCACCAACAUUGGUCUUACCAUUAAUGUCUUUCUUUUCUCUUGUUCCUGCAUGUGGUGGCUGCUAAAGGAGAAUUGUGCCAACUCUAUUAUUUAUGAAUGUUCCAUGUCUGUACAUACUAUUUUACUUUUUCUUUUCCAAUUAAAUAUGAACAUCUUUAUUGUUGUAUCUAAGUGUGUUGCAUAUUCUGUAAGCAUUUCAUCUACCUGAAAAAGGAGCAAUCUAUGAACUGUUUAUGUAUUGAAAUUUAAGCUCUGUAACAGUAUAUUGUCUUUGCAUAAAUUUGAUGUCACUGUUUCUACUUC